UAGUUACGUGUGCGGUGACUCUGGGAUCGAUUGGCUCUGUGUAGACGGAGGCCCCGCGUUUGAUAGCUUGUAUCACGUUGGGUCCGAAAUCUUCGUUUCAUCCUCCUCCCUGUGCCUUCGCUGACAAUGGCGGACGAAGAGCUGGAGGCUAUCAGGCGGCAGCGUAUGGCCGAGCUUCAAGCCAAACAUGGGGAUUCUGCAAAUGGCCAAGGGCAAGAGGAGGCUAAGCAGAGAGAUAAUGACAUGAGAAACACGAUCUUGGCUCAAGUCUUGGAUCAAUCUGCCCGUGCCAGAUUGAGCAACCUAGCUCUAGUGAAGCCAGAAAAGGCAAAAGCUGUGGAAAAUUACCUCAUUCAGAUGGCACGCUUCGGCCAGCUUGGCGGGAAGAUUUCAGAAUCGGGGUUGAUAGAGAUCCUUGAGAAGGUCAGUCAGCAGACAGAGAAGAAGACAACAGUCAAGUUCAACAGACGACGGGUGAUGGACUCAGACGAAGAGGAUGAAGACUGACGGGAGCAGGGAAUGGCAGGGGUGGGGUGGGGAGGUGGCCACCGGUUGCGUCUGAGGCUAUGCCGUCCGUAAUCGGCUGCUUUGCAUGAGGAAUACAUCCUGGACGACACGACUCCUUUACCCCUGCGGGAGUAUGAACUCCUUACUCAUUUAUCUUUAGUUCCCCCCUCCCCUCUAAUUUCUGUAUUUUUUUCUCUCUUUGGCAUUUGAAGUGGAGCAAAUGCGGUGUGUAGUGUGUGACUGUUGCUGCAUUUUUAUAAGGAGUUCCUAUUAAGCUGGGCCGUCGUUUUUGGCAGAUGCAUUUUUGAUUUUUCCCUUGCUGAAUGGUCCUAUGAGCCGUUUACAUCAUUCGAAGGCCUUGAUCUUAGUUAUCCGGCCACCUGGUGCUUCUCCCACAGGUGCAGCCCUGCACAUUAGGGCUCUGGAUAGUUUCAGGUGGGGAGACACACUGGCUGAUAUCUUGCCUAUAAACUGGGACAUUGCAAGAUCAUUCUGAUAGAAAAAGUGCCCUGUAGGAGGCUUAUUGGUCAAAUUGUAGUGGACUGUAAAGUAUUGGCCAUCGUAUAAGCUGGGCACCUUGUUUCGUUGUAAUUUUUUGUUUUUGAAAUGCCAUCACUGCAGAUGCCUAUAUCAGCUUGAUAUUGGUCCAUGCUUAUGUUUCAAACGGUAAAAACCCAUCUAAACAAUACAGGCCCUGAAAAGUUAUGUUUUCCUGUCAAUGCCAACUUUGAAAUAAAUUUAAUUUUGUUUAAAA